UGCUCUAAAGACUUCAUACAUUCCAGGAAUGAUAGAUGGAAGUGUUCCAGGAAUUGAGAAGUGUUUCACCCAAGAACAGCUAGCUCUCUACGAAUAUUUUCUACAAUCUGGUUACGGUUGAAAAGUUUCCUGCAAGAUAGCAGAAGUGCCUGCUGCCAAAAUGGAUCGGCAAAAUACCGAUCCACUUUUCCCAGAUUAUGAUCCGUUCUCAACAGGCGAAUAUUCUUCUCUUAGUGAAAUAUCUGACUUGAUAAGCCUGCCUGGAUCAGGAGAUAUUGUUUUUGAUGAAAGUUUUGGUGGAUUGCCCGGUCUCUCUGGGUUCUCAACUGGAUCUGAGAAUGGAUCAACCCAGCAAGGCUUUGGCAUGUGUCAUGUCAGUGCAUCUCAGGAUUCACACAGCCCAAAAGUCAAUGCAAGAGCAGGAGCCGCUGGCCCUGUGGCUAAUGCUGCCACUGAGUACAUCAAACUUCCUCCUAAUACAUUGAUACAAUUUGUGGAUGGUCUAGGUGAUAGGGAGAGCCAGUGCAAUAACCAGGGAGUCACGAACUCUCAGCAGCUGCAGCGCCAUCAGCAGUUGCAGCAGAAACAUGAGCAGCAGGAGAUGUAUUCUUAUCCUCAAGGCUGUGGUACAUUUCAAGCACCUCAGCUCUCAUCAGCAUCUAACCAACUGAUGCCUUAUAACCAUACUUUCAAACAAGCUCAGAUCUCACACGCUCAUGGUUUCUUUCAAAAUUCAUGCUUGGCAUCUAAUGAAAUGUUGCCUAUUGUUAACAACAGUGCUAUGAAUAGCCUGUUUUCUGGGCAAGGCUCUGUGAGGUACCUGCGCCAGGUUGAAGUGCAGCAAAUACCCGUGGCUAACCAAUGCGUCACGACUGAGCAGAAAGCUCAGCCACAUUUGUCUCUUGCUCACUCUACUGCUGGUCCCAGCAGUGCCAUCAACACUGCGUGUGACCCCUACAUUGAACCACCGUGUUCGCCUAACACUGAACUAUCAGCAGCACUGGUAGUUGAGGAGUGUAUGAAAUUAGAUCCCUCCUCCACUAAUUUACCAGUCAUGUCAAACUUUGAUCCCCAACCAGAGCCUUCGAUAGCUAAUGUGAAGAAGGAAGGUUUGCCGCGGAGCCCCUCCAUUGAUGUGAUGCAUCUCAAUGAUUGGCCUGGAGACUUCGAGUUCUCCAUCCGCCCACCCGCUGAUCUCAACAACACCCGCAAGUGGUGCUACAAUGAGGGCACUAAGCGCCUGUACUGCCAGCCUAACGUGGCCAUCGAGGUUCACGUGACAGUGAACAACUGGCAGGCCCUGGUAGCCAGCGGCGCUACAGUGCGUCUGUGUGCCGUGUUCACGGACCCCCACCACCGCACCCGGCCCGUCAAGCGCUGCGACUUGCACUGCCAGAAGGACACGAACCCCAACCGUGAACACCUGAUCCAAGUGGACAGCAGCCACGCGGUGUACGGGUACGUGGGCGAGCGUCAGGUCGUGUCGGUGCCUCUGCACGCGCCGCCCCCAGGCUUGGACCACCUCACGCUCCUCGUCAAGUCCACAUGCAUGACCUCGUGUCUGGGUGGACCCAACCGCCGCCCUUUCGCAGUGCUAUUCUCCUGCAUGAUGCAUGGCCACGAGGUAGGACGGCAUUGCUUGCCUAUCAAAUGCUGCAUGGGCGUUCGUCGGGACAUGAAAGCAGAGAUAGACAAACUCAUGCCCGACGAGCUCAAUGCCCUUGAAGGCCAACGACCUAAAAUGCCAAACUCCAAGAAGAAGCCUGCCGUUCCCUCGACUUCUAGCGGCAAGAAGCGUAAGGUGGAAAGAAAAGGCUCCGGCCAAACUUCUGACAGUGACACUGAUCGUAGCUGUGUCAAGAAAUCAUCCUCGGGCAACCUCAGCGUCCAACUACCCGCUGCCAUAUGCACUCCAGCACCGCCAGGAUAUGUUAACUUAUUCGUACCCCUGCAGUACAAGUCCCGCGUGACGGAGUAUAUUAAGGGCCUCAGGGCUCAUGACCUGCUCAAGGAACAGUUCCCGGAGGUUUACCGGCGGUACCUCACCUAGACGUCAACGUGGCUACUCCCUUGAAGAGCGCUGAUGCUCAACGUCAUCUCGGCCAUCACAAUAGCUGCCAACUCUUCAGUAUUUAAAUUGCUUCUCAUCAAUCAUUGGAUACGAUCAGCUCGCACAAGAUUAUUUAUUUGCUGGUGUAUUCACUUACAUCAUUUGUUCAAUACGUCUAAUUAAUCGCUGUCAAAAUGUUGAAUCCAACACCUCGAUUACUCUUGGAAACUCCGUUUGUUUUCUCCUGAUUGAAAAAUAUCAAUUGGCAUUCUUGACAACUCAGAAGCUGUUAUUUGCGUUUCGUCUACAAGUGUUUAAUGAUCCUGUUUAAAUUAAAUCAUUGCGUUAGACGUGUUCAAAAAAUCUCGCGAGCUAAACUUUCUCAAAAUGUUGGUUAAUUGAAUCAACACCACAAUUUUAGGAUUCUCUCUAAUUUAUGCAAUGCUUUUUAUUUCUUGUGACUUAAGAAUGGAACGAGGAAUUAGUCCUUCAUCAAAUGUGCCUUUGAUGUUUGCAAUUGACUAUAUAUGUGACUUCUCUUCGUUUAAAGUCACCGAAGUUAAGACAGUUUAUGCCUUGUGCAAUUCAGUUACUGCUUGGGAACAAUUUCCUUUAGUUUUAGUAAAUUAGUAUUUCCACUUGUGCUAGAGGAACGUGGUAUGAUUUACUUGAUUUACUUUGUGAUGAACGUGAGCAGGGUAUUCAUUAAGUCAGUUUUCAUGUUGUAUAAUUUGCUGAAUCUCAAAAUUAUUGUUACUCAACAAUGUACUUUUGAGCGUGGCUCUGUGAAUUAGACAGCAUUUUGAAGCUCUAACGUAAUUUUGGGUAAGGUAACAUUGAGGCAGUUGUUAUCUAUGGCUAUAUUUAGUGGCAGUUUUUCACGUUAAAGAUUUAUAAUGAAGAUUAUUAUGCAGGACUCUUUAAUGGCUUGCUUUAAAUACUCCCGCUCACAAUCAAAAGCUUGAGCCAUUAGGAGGACUGAGCUUGUUUGAAGUAGCCCCCGACUUUUCUGUAAUUUCAUGAAGUCUGUUCUAAUUGUUUGUUUCAAUAAUUCAAUUGUAGACUGUUCGAUUAAAGCAUGUGGACUACGUCUUAAUGCCAUACUGCUUCACUGCCCUGAAGCUAUUUUUCUUUACGAAUUUCCUGACACUUUUUUUUUAGCUGGCAAUUAUCUCUCACAUUCCUAUUACAUAGAAAUAUUAUUCUACCGUAGAUUUUAUUUUUUGUUGUAUUUUGAUCUUCUAUGCCCUGCUUCGUAGAUCUUAGUCUAUCAACGAGUUACUCUUCUGAGAGGAAUGUUUGUUUGUAUACGCUGUAGCACGCGUUUCGUUCUGACUUCUUAUAUUCAACUGUUAUCAUUUUUACUGUAGACUAAAGCCUGUGUAAUUUAUAUUAAUUUCCCCGUUGAAAUGGCAACAGUGCUGAUUAAGGUUUUUUUCCGUAGAGUGUUGGCCAUUGUUCCCAGAAUUUGAACCAACUUUUCUUUCACUCAUUGCAAUCGAUUCUGGUUAUUAAAGUCAAUCAUUAUAAGUAUACCGUUUUAAAUGAGAUCAAUCCUAAUUUGCAUCUGAAUCUCUGUCAGGGCUUGAUACUGUUCGUGUUCUGAGUUUAAGUACCUAUAUCCAGAUAGGGAUUUUGCAAGAAUGGAACAUCAUUUAUCACAUGAAAAUUUAUCCAGUGUCAUCGAUAAACAUUUUUCACCCUAUAUUUUUCUUACGGUCAAUUGGAACCAAUAUUAUCAAUACAAUCGAAUUCGUUUUAAAUCGUUUAUCAAUUCAAUCAAAUUCAAUUAUAACUAAUAUUUGCUUUACGUAUCACGACCGCUUACCGUUUCACUGAUAAUAAGUACCUUAUUUUGUGCGUAUUCCAUAACCUUGCUAUGUUAACUACCGAUUAUUUCAAUGCCCCCAGGAAUUAAUGCCUUUUUUUUUUGUCCUCUUCCAUCAGACAAUUUCAUAAUUUUGCUGAUAACUUAUCCGCUUUCCAAGUAAUGGAUUUCUUCUGGUAUAAUAUCAUUGGGAUUGCCAUUGUGCAAUUUUUCUCCUUAGUUAUGUUAGAAAUUAUAAUAAGCAAUCUGUGUUGUGUUCUUGUUUCAAUAAAGAUACACAAUUUUGA